AUGCCCAUCGGCAAUUUGUACGUCAUUGCAGGCGUCUCCGUCGUCGGAGGCGCCUUGUUCGGCUUUGAUAUCUCGUCCAUGUCGGCCCAGCUCGGCGAACAGUCCUACAACUGUUAUUUCAACGACGGCCCCAAGGGCCCUCCUUUCACCGAGGAGCCAUGCAGCGGUCCCAAGCCGCUCACCCAGGGUGGCAUCGUCGCCUCCAUGGCCGCCGGCUCCUGGCUCGGCGCUCUGAUCUCCGGUAUCCUUUCUGAUCGCAUAGGCCGCAAAAAGUCCAUCAUGAUUGGCGCCGUCAUUUGGGUCAUCGGUUCCAUUCUUUGCGCUGCGGCCCAGAACAAGGCCAUGCUCAUCAUCGGCCGCAUCAUCAACGGUCUCUCCGUCGGUAUCGAAUCUGCUCAGGUCCCCGUCUACAUUGCCGAGAUCUCGCCCCCGUCCAAGCGCGGUCGCUUCAUUGGCUUCCAGCAAUGGGCCAUUACCUGGGGCAUCCUCAUCAUGUACUACAUCUCCUACGGCUGUGCUCAGAUUGGCAAGAACGAGUGGAACGACCACAGCACGGCCAACUGGCGCGUGCCCUGGGCUCUCCAGAUGAUCCCAGCCAUCUUCCUCUUCUUCAUGAUGAUGCCUCUGCCCGAGUCACCCCGCUGGCUCGCGCGCAAGGACCGCUGGGAGGAGUGCCACAACGUUCUCACCCUCGUCCACGGCCAGGGAGACCCCAACCAUCCUUUUGUCUCGUACGAGUUGCAGGAUAUCAAGGACAUGUGCGAGUUUGAGCGCCGUCAUGCCGACGUGACCUACCUUGAUCUGUUCAAGCCAAGGAUGCUGAACAGAACCGUCAUUGGUCUCUUCACCCAGAUCUGGUCUCAACUUUGCGGCAUGAACGUCAUGAUGUACUACAUUACCUACAUUUUCGAAAUGGCGGGAUACAGCGGCAACGCCAACUUGCUCGCGUCCUCUAUUCAGUACAUCAUCAACGUCUUGAUGACUGUCCCCGCGCUUCUCUGGGCUGAUAGAUGGGGCCGUCGCAAGACCAUGCUGAUCGGUUCUACCCUCAUGGGUACCUGGAUGUUCAUGAACGCUGGCAUCCUCGCCACGCACGCUGAAAUCAUCCCCAAGGAGCAGCGCAAGCAAGAUGUCCUGUCCAUGACGGUCUCUGGUGCCCCUGCCAAGGCCCUCAUUGCCGGAACUUACCUCUUCGUCGCCUCUUUUGCUCCCACUUGGGGCCCGGCGUCCUGGACGUACCCUCCCGAGCUGUUCCCUCUUCGUCUUCGCAGCAAGGGUGUCGCCCUGGCCACGUCCGGUAACUGGGCCUUCAACACUGCGCUGGGUCUCUUCACGCCUCCUGCCUUUGCGAACAUUGCCUGGAAGGCCUACAUCGUCUUUGCCGUCUUCAAUGUCGCCGCAUUCGUCCACGUCUUCUUUGGCUUCCCCGAAACGGCCGGAAAGACGCUGGAAGAGACCGAGGCCAUGUUCGAGGACCCCAAGGGUAUUCCGUACAUUGGCACCCCUGCCUGGAAGACUCAUCCUGUCACUGGCGCCAUGCGCAAGGCUGAGCACGGUGAUAUCGAGGCUGCGGCCAAGACUGCCGACAUUGAGAAGCCUCACACCCCUCCGGUUGAGCAGCACGAGGUCACCACACCGUAA